AUGGCUCGAAGAAGGUCGGGGGGCAACAAGGCCCGAAGUGUCAAGCAGCAGGAUGCUGCGAGUUGUCGUCUGGGCAGCCAAAGCUGCAGAGGUCGGUCGGACGGGAAGUUGAGGGCGCGAAGCCCAGAAUGUCGGGGGCUCGCGAAGCCAGGAAGUCAAGGCUCAAAGGAGCCGGAGGCAACACACAUAAGAAAAGGGCCCGAAGGCAUGUCAAGAGCUCGCGAAGCUCAGUGUCGUCGGGGCAGCGUGACGCUGCAUAGGGAGUCGAGGGCGCGAAGCCCAGAAUGUCGGGGGCUCGCGAGGCCAGAAAGUCGAGGCUCAAAAGAGCCGGAAGCACCACAGAGGAGAAAAACAAGGCGAUGUCAAGAGCUCGCGAAGCUUAUUAAUUUCAUAGGGGCAAGCAUCGCAAAGAACGGUCAACUCUCUGAAUCCCUUUCUUGCGGCAGCUGUUAG